AUCAUGUCAGAGUGAUUGAGGGACCUGCGGCUCGAUGCUAACAUGUUAACACGAAGAUCUGGAAAGAAUCCGAUACACGAGACGAGCUAUUUCCUUGACAGCUACCUCUCGCCCUCUCUCCCUCUUCUCCCUCGCUUUCGAAGCUCUUCGUGGGAUAUUAUAUGAGAUAUUUAUUUGCAGCCUGGCUACUGGCCGGGUUGCGCCGAGCACCGUCGUCAUUGGAGCAGUGAGAGGGACGAGGAACGAAAACUUACAUUUCAGAUCUUUGUCAACCGAUUGCACGGCUCACAGAGCUCUUGGGCUUACAACUCACUCGUACUCUUUACAGGAUUCCUCGAUCGUAGAAAACCAAGGACUCUGUCCAGCACUCUUCUCGCACCGUCGUUGCACUAUAUAGUCCGCAUCGGACGGGGUUAUAGGUACACUCGUUCAAGGGAAAGUAUUCGGUUGUCCAGAUCUUUCAGCAGCAAUGGCUUCCAUCGUUGCUUCUUCCGCCAUCGUCACCCCGGUUUCAGCUUUGGCCGCGACCACCAGCACCUCGUCGGCCGAGGUUGUGUCCGUCAAGGCUUUCUCAGGCCUCAGGGCCGGCGCAUUCGCAGGCAAGGCCGAGUGGCAGAAGAAGACCAUCACCAAUGGCAGCCGCAUCAGCUGCAUGCAGGUCUGGGAGCCCUACAACAACCUCAGGUUCGAGACGCUCUCGUACCUGCCGGCCCUGAGCCAGGAUUCUCUGGCCAAGCAGAUCGACUACAUGAUCUCCAACAACAUGAUUCCGUGCAUCGAGUUCGACACGCAGGGAGUGGUGUUUCGCGAGUUCAGCAGGAUGCCCGGCUACUACGACGGCCGAUACUGGACCAUGUGGAAGCUGCCCAUGUUCGGGUGCAAGGACUCGUCGACGGUGCUGGGCGAGGUCGAGGAAUGCAAGAAGCUGUACGGUGACAAGUGCUUCAUCAGGGUGCUGGGAUUCGACAACAUCAAGCAGGUCCAGUGCUCUGCCUUCAUCGUCCACAAGCCCGGCCAGUAAACAGAAUUCGCCGAUAUCUCGACGCGGAUCCGCUUCUGCUGCUGCGAGCCGACGAGUAGGUCGAAGGUAAUCGAACCCGGGAGCCAUGUCUCCGCAGCUCAGACGACGCCGGAGAUCAGCGUCUGUAUCGAUUAGCGUCAGAUUGCAUCGACUGCCAAGUUUGAGCAGCAGGAGUCAGGAGUCAGUUCGCCGAGGCCACCCGGGCCAUCGUGCUUCUUCCUCGUUUGGUUUGCAGCAUCAGACGCCUAGAGUGAUCUAAUCUUGCACUCCCGUCGUCGGCCGCAUUAUCGGCCAAUAUUCAUAAAGAGUCCUUUUCGGGGCAUAUUUUCCCUG